AGUAUGAGUGAGGGAGUCCUACCCGCCAAAACUAAAACUGGCGUUAGGGGCUAACUUCCAAAUAAAUAAAUCCCUCUGUCCAAACAAUACAAAGACUUCCUCUUGAGAAAACAGCCCCAGCUCAUUGAUAAUGGAUACCACCUUUCCUCAAUCUUUUCUCCUUCCUUGCGGCGGAGAUAGCGGAGCCCUGACAAUGACAACCCCCCUCUCUCUCUCAUAUCUGUAUCUAUAUUUAUAUAUAUAUAUAGCAUUAAUUCCUCACUCAUGCCGUCCAAAGGACGGCCACAUCACCUGUCUUCUUGUUCUUCUUUUUUCCACACAUGAUUACAUUUCAAUCAAAAUGCCCAAUUCACUACUAGUACGAGUAGUACUAUCAUCUGACCAUUCUCUCAAUGAUAUGUUACCUUGCUGUCAUCCACACUUGAAUUCCCUGCAAAACGUUAAGAACAUUCAUAGAUUGGCUGCAGUGAAUCAAUGGGGUGUGUUCACGGUAAGGGAGCGACCUACACGCCGCCUCGGGGGCUUGAGAAACUGAAAUUGGAUAAUGGGUAUGUUAAAGGAAGUAGUGGAGGGAGACCCAUUGGCCAUAAGCAGCCUGAGAGGGAUUCCGGCAAGUUAUCUCGGCGCGAAGGGGAUAAUAAUGAUGUGGGUGGUGGUGGUGGUGGUGGUGGUGGUGGUGAUGGUGGAGAGAAGAAGAUUGAUAGAGAAGGAGAGAGGGAAAGUAAAGGUGGGAAUUUCUCGCGAAGGAUUGGGAUGAAGAAAAUUGGUGCAGAUGAGCUGGUUGAUGGGUGGCCUAAAUGGCUAGUUGAUAACAUCCCUAAAGAGGUUUUAGCUGGUUUGGUUCCAAAGAGUGCUGAUUCAUAUGAUAAGCUUGCUAAGGUUGGUCAGGGAACAUAUAGCAAUGUGUAUAAAGCUCGAGACAAAGACACCGGAAAAAUUGUUGCCUUAAAGAAGGUUCGGUUUGACACAUCAGAGCCCGAAAGUGUGAAAUUUAUGGCAAGAGAGAUUGUCAUACUACGGCAGCUAGAUCAUCCCAAUAUCAUUAAACUUGAAGGACUUGCCACCUCAAGAAUGCAAUAUAGUCUUUAUUUGGUUUUCGAUUUCAUGCUGUCAGACUUGACCAGAGUCAUCUGUCGUCCAGACGGGAGGCUUACUGAACCGCAGGUCAAGUGCUAUAUGCAGCAGCUGCUUUCAGGUCUCCAACACUGCCAUGCAAGGGGAAUUUUACAUAGGGACAUAAAAGGAUCCAACUUGCUGAUAGACAAUAGUGGGAUGUUAAAGAUAGCAGAUUUUGGGCUUGCAAAUUAUUUUCAGCCUAAACAAAAACGCCCUCUCACAAGCCGAGUUGUAACACUCUGGUAUAGAGCUCCAGAGCUGCUUUUAGGUUCUACAGAUUAUGGAGUUGGUAUUGAUCUUUGGAGUGCGGGAUGCCUUCUGGCUGAGAUGUUUAUGGGAAGGCCAAUUAUGCCUGGUAGGACAGAGGUUGAGCAACUUCAUAGGAUUUUCAAACUUUGUGGUUCACCCUCAGAGGAUUACUGGAAAAAAAUGAAGCCACCAACAACCUUCCGACCACCACAACAGUAUAAACCCAGUUUUCAAGAAGCCUUUACAAAUUUUCCUUCCUCUUCAUUUGGUCUCUUGACCACACUUCUAGCUCUGGACCCAGCAUAUCGUGGCACUGCUGCUUCUGCUCUCCAAACUGAUUUCUUUAUUUCAAGUCCAUUAGCGUGCGACCUUUCUGGUCUACCUGCAAUGAACAAAGAGGAGGAUGAUCCAACUCAAAUGAAUGACCGUAAGAAGAGAAGGACUUUAAAAACAAAGGAACGGUCUCAAAAAACUCGUGAACAUCAUGAAAGAAAGGACUCAGCUACUGAACAAGCGAAAGAUGCUUCUACAUCAAUGAAAGAGGAGAAGAAUGAAGAGCUAAACUUGCACAGCCAAGAGUUGGGUCACAGUGCAAGCAGCACUGCCUCCAGUAGAAAACCAAGCAGGAAUGAGGAAAGCACACCUCCCACCCCAUCCCCAGCUUUUCAUUCUAACCGAAACCGAUCUGCAAGAACCGAGGCACAUCCAAAUGCUUCAAAGAACAUCAAGAACUUCCCCAUCUUACUGGCCUCUAUAAGAGAUACUACAAGCCACAUCAACAUGAAUGAGAACAGAUUGACUCUCAACCGGAGGUCCGUCUCCACCGUUGAUUUCCGAAAACUUGAUCUGGAAAAGAUAUCAAAACUCUUUGGAUUGGAAGACAACUAGUCCAUGUCAAAUGGUGCCCCAUUUUGCUCUGGCAUUUCAUGCUUCAUGAGUUGCAUCUCUUUGUGUCACUCUUUCACUACUUCAAUAAACAGAGCUAUAUAUAAAUAAAGGAAUCAGUUUUGUCACAGUAUUGGGUUGGUGUUGCUUGACACUGAUCUGGCUAGUUUUCUCAUGAAAGUUCCUGCAGAAACUUAUCAGAUUAUUUUAUACAGUUUUAUAUAAUUAUCUCUAUAGGUAGUUGGUUCUGGUAUAGCUCUGCUCACUAAACACUCACUAAACAAUAGGAUGGCCCAAGGGUAUUUUUUUAAGUGAGUUCUUUAUAAAUUCAAUCUUAUAAUGGAACCUUGAG